UAGAACGACGCUUCACAUGACGGCCAUCUACACUUGACAAGAGCUCACCAUUCCGCGGUCCCUCCCACAAGGAAAAUACUUCCUAGCGACGCCCUCAACGUGCAACGAUCAUGCUAAUCGCAUGAAUCGCUUUCUCGAACCAAAAUGAGCCAAAAUUUCCCCAAGAUACCCUCCUCCGGCAACGUCUCUCCUCCCUUGCGCCCGAAACCUCGCUCAGCGAUACCCUCCCAUCUUUUGAAUGGUGGCUCUCCUCUACAUCAAACACCAACGACUACCCGCGCCCAGGAACGGGAAAACCUCGCUUCGUCCAUACAGAGCACGUUCAGCGGAAGGAAGACAGUAGACCUGGGAGACUCCCAGAGUACGGAAAGAACGAUGCAGAGUACUUCAUGGGUUGGUCUCACCGAUGGAACAGAAGAUAGCGAGUCAAAGCGACCCACAAGGCUACAGGAACCUGCUCGAGAUGAACGGGACGAGGCACCCAUGACUCCUCCAGCGACCAUAUCCCGUCCUGCGAGUCCUUACACAGCAAAUCCACCUAUCGACUUCGAUGGUCUGAGCUGGCCAUCCACAGGCACCCGCGAAAGGCUCGAACAGACUCCGGAAGAAGCUCAAGCUCGUUUGGACAAGCUUGCAGGUGCCGUCAAGACUAUUUUUGAAUGCAUUGGAGAAGAUCCUGAGAGGGAAGGUCUUCGCGACACUCCUCUACGUUAUGCGCAAGCUCUGAUGUACUUCACGAAAGGCUAUGAAGAGAAUGUACGCGAUCUGGUCAACGGCGCCGUCUUCCAUGAGGACCACGACGAGUUGGUCAUUGUCAGAGACAUCGAGGUUUUCAGCUUGUGCGAACACCACAUGGUCCCCUUCACCGGCAAGAUGCACAUCGGCUACAUACCUAACAAGAGGGUUCUGGGUCUGAGCAAGUUUGCGCGCCUGGCCGAGAUGUUCUCGCGCCGGUUACAGGUUCAGGAACGUCUGACCAAACAAGUUGCUUUAGCGAUCGCCGAAGUUCUCAAACCUCAGGGGGUCGCUGUGGUUAUGGAGAGCAGUCAUCUGUGCAUGGUCAUGCGAGGUGUUCAAAAGACCUCGAGCACUACCACGACGAGUUGUAUGCUCGGCGCUAUGAGGAGCAGCGCAAAAACGAGGGAGGAAUUCUUGAGCCUCCUCAACCGGAAGUGAUGACUCACAUUCGACCUGUUCUGGA